AAGGAGAUGGCGCCACAUACUCUAAUGGAGGAAUGUCUUCUCCCGCCUUCAAUAAGGAGAUCCACCAACAAAUAAUCACAUCCCCAAACACAACCGAAACUGGAUUUCACCAUCUCCGUGACAGUCGGUGACUGCCAGUGAUUGCUGAUUUCUUCUGAUUAAUGACUUCUGAUUGCUGACUAAAUCUCUUGAUCAGUGUCCGCACCGGUGUCGUCGUUUCCCAAUUUAUCAGACUCAGUAGUAGCCAGUGGCCGAGUGUUCUUUAAAUAUCAGCAAACGCCGAUUAAAAAGUACCCUUCUCGAUAUUCUUCCUUAUCAAAAUGAACGUGGUGACUGCAUUAAAGUUUUACAUCACUAAAAUGACUGAGGAAAGCGGCCCUGGUAUGAAAGUCUUGUUAAUGGACAAACAAACGACAAGUAUUGUAAGCUUGGCAUACAGCCAAUCGGAAAUCCUUCUAAAAGAGGUAUACUUAUUCGAACGCAUAGACGCUACAGUACGUAGUGAUGGAUUAAAACACUUGAAAUGCAUUGUUUUCAUACGUCCGACAAAAGAAAAUGUUGCUUUACUCUGUAACGAGCUUAGGUAUCCUAAAUAUGGUGUAUAUUAUAUUUAUUUCAGCAAUAUCAUUGCAAAGGCUGACAUAAAGCUGUUAGCCGAAAGUGAUGAGCAAGAAGUAGUAAGAGAAGUUCACGAGUUUUAUGCAGACUAUCUGGCAGUAAGUCCACACUUGUUUGCACUUGGUAUAAGUGCAUGCUCGCAAGGCUUAACGUGGAAUCCAACCCACUUGCACAGAACAGUACAGGGCAUAACUUCUGUGCUGUUGUCCUUGAAAAAAUAUCCGUAUAUCAGAUAUCAGCAUAGUUCUGAGAUGGCAAAAAGACUAGCUGAAAAAAUACGAGAGGUGCUUGGCAAGGAGUCAAACUCCUUUAACUUUAGACAGGAGUCUAAUCCAAUUUUGCUUAUUCUUGAUAGAAGGGACGAUCCUAUUACACCACUAUUAAAUCAAUGGACCUAUCAAGCCAUGGUGCAUGAAUUACUGACGAUUAAUAAUAACAGAGUUGAUUUGUCAAAUGUCAAAGGGAUUUCGAAAGAACUAAAAGAAGUAGUACUGAGCGGGGAACACGAUGAAUUUUAUGCAAAUAACUUGUAUCUCAAUUUUGGAGAAAUUGGUCAGACAAUAAAGGAACUGAUGGAGGAGUUCCAAAGGAAGGCAAAGAAGCAUCAAAAGGUCGAAUCCAUCGCCGACAUGAAAAACUUCGUAGAGACAUAUCCAAUGUUUAAAAAAAUGUCAGGCACGGUCUCGAAACACGUAACGGUGGUGGGCGAAUUAUCUUCGUUGGUUGGGCAAUACGAUUUACUAAAAGUCUCUGAAUUGGAGCAGGAACUCAGUUGUCAGAGUGAACACUCCGCUCAGCUUCAAAAAAUUAAAAGACUGCUGAAUAAUCCGCGAAUACGAGACAUCGAUGCGACGCGCCUAGUCAUGCUUUACGCUCUUCAUUACGUGAAACACACGAACAACGAUAUCACGGGAUUACUCGACAUGCUCAAGAAACGAGGUGUUCCAGAAAAGUACACAAAGCUUAUACAUAACGUCCUAGAAUACAGCGGCGUUCAUACGAGACAAAGCAAUCUAUUCGAUCGGGAGGCUGUCGCAAAGAUAACCAAAAAAUUAUUUAAAGGAUUGAGCGGAGUAGAUAACAUUUACACACAACACACGCCAUUGCUUGUUGAAACGCUAGAAGACUUGAUAAAAGAAAAAUUGAGCACUCAAGUCUUUCCUUAUCUUGGAAAUAUGAUUAUGAGCAGAAGACCUCAUGACAUUAUAGUCUUCAUGAUCGGCGGAACGACAUACGAGGAAAGUCUCGCUGUUCACAAUUUAAAUAAGCAGAACCCGGGUACGAAAAUCAUUUUAGGAGGUACCACGAUUCACAACUUUGAGAGCUUCGCCGAGGAAGUGCAGCAUGCCACUACUGGAACAGCCCCAAGGUACAGAACCCGAAAUAAUUGAACGGGAACUCAAGGGAAGGACGGUCAGAUAUUAGUUAUUGGAAAUACUUGUGUAACAACGUCAUAAUUACUAUGCUACUCGACCGUUAAAUCAGGCAUGUAUAACGUGGUAAACCAGGCGGAAUACCGCGUGAAUAAAACUCUGAUAAGUA